AUGACCCGGAAUCAUCGUGCGUGCAUGGUGUCUCAGUUUGUUCAAAAUCCAGUCCAACCACCGCGCAGCGCAGGGCUCGCCUGGUAAUGGAUCGGCGGCGGAGAAGACCUUCCUAGACACUUUCCCUGCUGCUUUUUCCGGCUCCGUGAAAGACCCGGUCUGGCAUGAGCAUUGGCAUUGGCAUUUGGUGCCGGUGUUUGGUCUGUGGAGUGAGGUUCGUGGUCCUCCCGGUGCUGCCGAUUCAACUUCUGCCCUUUUGUCCAUCUUGCCCAUCUACGGGAAGGAGCGUAUACAGGCCUACUGUACGAAAGUGUACGAAAGCCACCACGACCUGCCUAACCAGAGCGUCUAG